AGUUCCCGUGCAAAUCUCGGAGCGUCUGGUUGCGUGUCCGUGCGAAAUUCACUCGGAGUUCCGGCGCAAGUCGCGCUGAUUUCGAUUAAGGCUUCUCAGGCUUCUGCCGCCCCAAAAAUCGAACGAUCAAUGCUUUUUGUAGUACUCCUCCUUUGACAAUCUCCAGUUGCACCUAAUUUUAUGUUAGAAGAGUAUUUCGUGUCAUCAUUUGAAAGUUGACACCUUCAGUUUUCAAUCCCUGCCAUAAGGUGGUCAUAUUCAACUAACGUGCUUCUCAGUUUUGAAGCACCUCAAUAGCAGGCGCGGAUCCAAAUUUGAGGAUAAAUACCCCUCACACGGGUAAGAAGUGAAAGAAAAUGUAUGCCACGACAAAUUGUGUUCUGAAAACCCCUGAACAUCAAAAUCUUGGAUCCGGCACUGCUCAGUAGUAGCCCACAUUGACUCCAAAGGAUUAUAAAAGCCAACUUGGCUCACUUGAGAACGCGUCCCUUGUGGGAGCCAUAAAGUGUCACCGUCGUGGGUACUGACCCGGCCAAUACGUGAUCUGAUCACACAACAAACCGCAACACCGGCAGCACAGCAAUCCGGGGAAAUACCUUCCCGCUCCUUCAACUUUGCCGUCGCCAUGGCCGCCAUUAAAGAUGACACACGCCAGCCGGCUGACGCCUGCUUACAUUACGAGUACUUCUAGGCAUUCCGGUACCAAUUCCACCGCGCUCGCCAUCGCUCAUACGCACCGUGUGCCGCCCAAGCGCUUAAUUGCCGAAUAUUUGUGUGCGGCACAACAAAGCGUUUUAGCCAUGUGCCAGCCCGAAAAGAAAGAACGUUUACAUUCUUCAGCGAAACUUGUGGCAGUCAAGGAUAUAUGAACCUUUGAGUUUAAAAUUACCAGAUGGCAGUGGGUGGUACGUGGAGAAAGUCAAAUGGCCGAAGCGUUUUAAUUGCCUCCAGUAUAAGGGACUUCCUGCCCACUAGAAGUGCGUGUGUGUGAGCUCGAGCGAAGUGCGCGUGUCGCAGCAGGGCAAAGGACCUCAAACAGGCCAAAUCUCCUGCCAGACAAGCCUUUCGGCUGUCGACAGUCUUCAAAGCGGCUUAAAGUUCCAGCAUCGAGUUCGAGUGAGCUCCUAGGCCAAACGGACGCACUUUCAUUCAUCGGGGCCCACUUUGGGCAACGACUCCGAUCUACCAGCAACACAAGCGCAUUUAUGGCGAGUUCGAACAAAGCCUCGUCAAAGUUCAUUAACAGGAAUAGUUGGGGAAGAAACAACAAAUGCAGCUUCACCAUCGGCGUCAGCACGGCUCGCAAAAUGUAAUCGGGCCAGGACGCGGAAUUGAAAGGGGCCCACUCCGCUCUGCAGUGGGCUACGGCAACGGUCACGGGCAACAGCAAUAGCUUCCACUGAACCGGAAAAACCGACAACAAGCGCAGUAACAACAGCAGCAACGUCAAAAAAAAACCUUACCAAAAUACGCAACAUAAAUGAAGUUAACAAUCUGUCAAAUUGCUAAAUUAUUUCUGCUGUUGACAGCCUUCUUCUUUCUCAAUUCCCCCCGCGCAGCCUUCUUAGCUUUCGGCUCGAGUCCCACCCCAUCCUCUCCCUCCUCCUCCUCCUUCCGGCCAGAAGCGGCGGGUGUCCUUGUCCUGUCAGCGGCCAAGACAGCGACAGAUUUCGCUACAACGCCAUCUACAAAAUCGGUUGCGGCCACGCGGACCUCCCCAGCGACAGCAGCGGCAGCAACACUCAGCGGCAACAGCAAUUCAAUUUGGCCGACAGCAACACAAACGCAGAGUCCACGUAAUGCGCGUGAGGCUGCUCGUCAGAAACGUCAGAGGCAGCAGCAGCAACAGCAACAGCAACUGGGACAGCAACAGCAACAACAACAGCAAAAGCAACAGCAACAGCCACAUCAGCAGCAACAGCAACUUCAGCAGCAACAGCAACAUCAGCAUCAACGAAUGGCCGUUUUAAUACCUUCUUCGCUGCACGUUGACAUGACGCAUGUGCAACAGGGCUUUCAGAAUUUCCUCGACUUCUUUCAACUGCAUUUAUCUGAUGUCAGCGUCGAUUUUCUACGUGAUGUGGAUUUAAGUGGCUUCAUUAAAUUACUCGAGCUGCCCAAAUACACGAGCGUUGUAAGGACUUUAAAUGCGGGCAUUAAUGUAGACAGCGACGUGAACUUGGACCUCAACGUGGAUGUGAACAAGGUCCAAGGGGGCACAGGGGCCUGGAGUUCGUAUGCGAAUGUGGACGUUGACCCGCCCAGCCAGCCACGUCAGCAGCAUUUGCAGCAGCAAAAGCGGGAGCAGGAGCCCCAUCGCCAUCAUCAGCAGGACUCCAAGGCGAAUCAGUUGUCAGCGGGCGAUGGGGCCUCCUCAUCAUCCGACGGAACUUCAGAUACUCGGUGGAACGACGCCCGUAGCUUCUCGGGUCACUGCCAUCAGGUUGCUGAACAACUGGCCCUCGAUUUCAAUAAAACCGUCGUCCUGUGGCCCUGUCCGCGAAUGAAAAUCUCCAGCAAUUUUCUUCCAUCACUAGAAGCAAUUUCCCUGGCCGUGCAAAGCAUUUCCACCAAGUUGAACUGGUCACAAGUUGACAUCUAUGUCGGCGACGACAAUUGGGGUCUAGGACUGGCCAUAGCCGCCAACUUGCAUGUACCGUAUCGCAUCGAAAUUCGCAGGACAAUACGUGACCUGCAUUCAAAGGAUAAGCCGGGCAAAGCAAUUAUUAUCACCGCUCCGCUGAACGAUGCGAGUGCCAUACGUAUGCUAACCAGCAUUGAGGUGGAGUGGGCAAAGCAGGCCAAGAAGGAUGCGGUGGAUUCGGGGCCCUCAAGACAGAACACCAAAAUUCUACUUAUCGACAUGGCGGCCAGCUCAUUGGACAUCCAGCAUCGGUUCUACAAACGAUUGGCACGGAUCAGUGGGUCAGAGAACGGCGGCUUUGGAGGUAACUCGAGCUCUCCGGCCGGAAGGGUCAGCAGCAAUCUGUUGGUGCUGACUCUGCUAAGCGAUAGACAUCGACACUUUCUGAAUGCGGCCGGACUGAUGGCAACAAUGCGGAAUUUUCGCCCACCCCUCGGAAAUGUUGAAAAUGGAAACAUCACUACACCACCGCCCAAUGGCCAUCGCAAUGCCAGCCUGGAGAAACUGUACCCGUAUCGCAACCUCUUUCCACUCUAUGACACGGUUGUAGAUACUGCCACCCAAUCGAACACACUGAAAGCGAGUCCCAAAUACGAUUUCGUGGUGCUGGACAUCGUUUGGGAUGUCAAGUCGGCCGGAUACAAGUGCCGACCUCUGCUCAUCCUGGAGAGUGAAGGAGGGAGGCAAGAGGGUGGUUCUGGGGGCGGAGCGAGGGACACCUACAUCACCCACUCUGUACAGCCAGGAUACGACGAGUGGCUGCUGGUCAGCAGCGUCCUUUUGUGGCAGUGCGGCGCCAUCUGCUGGACAAUCGCGGCGAUCUGCGUGUUCCUCCUUGUCGUUAUCCUGGCGGGUAUUGUGGCUGCAGGGAUUACCAUGAGGAACUACUUCUUACGUAAACGUCUCUAAGGACCCAACAAGAUAGUGCUUUCCGCCAGCGACUUCGUUUUCCCCGUGGAUUCUCGAAGGGUUGAUGAGGGCAUAGAGGCCAUGCUCUGUUGUUGGCUGCAGCAGCUGCAGGAGUUCGGUGGGCCGGAAGUAGAUAAGCCGGAUCUCCUCAAAGGCUCCAUAGGAUCUAAAAAUUUAGGAUUCGUAAUUCCGGGUGCAGCUGCUCCGGGAAGUUCAGCUGGAGCCAUCGCAUCAACAGCAAAUGGGAAACGCGCAUCCUCCGCCACGGGCAGUUUGGCCAGGCACAAUCCUGCCCACCUGGACAUGAGAGCUCGAUAUAAUGGUGAUCUCGUGCAGCUCAAGGAGGUACAUAUGAACGGUUCCUCGGAGUUGCGCACCAAAGCGAUGGAUCUACUCGUGAUGGCCCAUGGUCUCAGGCAUGAAAACAUCAAUCCGUUAAUUGGAUGGCUAUCCGAUCCCAAUCGCACAGCCAUGGUUUUCGAUUACUGCUCGAGGGGAUCGCUACAGGAUGUGCUAAUCAUGGAUGAGAUCAAACUGGACUGGUCUUUCCGUUUGAGCUUACUUACCGACCUGGUGAGGGGCAUGCGAUACCUACACACCUCUCCCUUGAGGGUUCAUGGAGCCUUGACCUCUAGAAACUGCGUAGUGGAUGCCAGAUGGGUCUUGAAGAUCACCGACUACGGCUUGAACUCUUUUUACGAAUCGCAGGGACUGCCGCCAAGGCCCAGAAGUGCCAAGGAACUGUUGUGGACAGCUCCAGAACUUCUUCGGAGCAUGAAGCACUUUCACCAUCAUCACCAUCACCACCAGCACGGACGUAUUCAGUUGGGGACCCAACUCGGAGAUGUAUACUCCUUCGGAAUCAUCAUGCAAGAGGUGGUAGUGAGGGGAGAGCCCUACUGUAUGCUCUCCCUGGCUCCAGAGGAAAUAAUAGCCAAAAUCAAGAAACCUCCUCCUCUGAUUCGGCCCUCUGUCUCCAAGGGAGCAGCUCCGCCGGAGGCAAUAAAUAUUAUGCGUCAGUGCUGGGCCGAGCAGCCCGACAUGCGUCCCGAUUUCAACUCCGUUUACGAACGCUUUAAAAUGCUGAACCAUGGUCGGAAGGUAAAUUUUGUUGACACAAUGUUUCAAAUGCUCGAGAAAUACUCAAACAACCUGGAGGAGUUGAUUCGGGAACGCACCGAACAACUGGACAUUGAACGAAAGAAGACUGAGCAGCUGCUGAAUCGCAUGUUGCCAAGCUCCGUUGCUGAAAAAUUGAAGAUGGGCUUGGCCGUCGACCCGGAAGAAUUUUCGGACGUGACCAUAUACUUUAGCGACAUUGUUGGUUUUACAACAAUCGCCGCACAUUGCAGCCCUGUACAGGUUGUAGAUUUGCUCAACGAUCUCUACACGAUCUUCGAUGCCACGAUCAAUGCCUAUAAUGUUUAUAAGGUUGAGACAAUAGGCGAUGCAUAUAUGGUGGUGAGCGGGCUUCCCGUGAAAAUACCCGAUCAUGCCGAGCAGAUAGCUACCAUGGCCUUGGACCUGCUGCACCAGAGUGGUCGCUUCAACGUGAAACAUCUGCCGGGAGUUCCACUCCAACUGAGGAUUGGUCUCCACACGGGACCCUGUUGUGCCGGAGUGGUUGGUCUUACGAUGCCUAGGUACUGUUUAUUCGGGGACACAGUCAACACGGCAUCCCGAAUGGAGUCAACCGGAUCCUCCUGGCGCAUCCAUAUGUCCCAGGAGACAAGGGAUCGUCUGGAGACUCGCGGUGGCUAUGCCAUCGAACCAAGGGGCCUCAUCGACAUUAAGGGCAAGGGCAUGAUGAACACCUUUUGGCUGCUGGGAAAAAAGGGAUUCGAUAAGCCGCUGCCGGUACCACCACCUAUUGGGGAGUCGCACGGCUUGGAUGAGUCCCUGAUCCGCAACUCAAUAACCUUGAAGGCUCAGGCCAACAAAUCUCGGACGAGCACGAAUCCUUCAUCUUCGCAGAGCUCCUCCCUGGCUGGGGAAUCCGUAGAGGUAAAGGUCGAGAUAACUCCACCCACCAACGCGGAUCUAGGUUCCGGGGCCAAUCUUCCCAACUCGUACUCCCUGGACUCCAACUCCACCAACACAAUCAGCCCAAAUGCGACCCUCUGUCCGGAGUUUCCAGGAAAAAUAACGCCCAGCAGUACGAGUCCACAGUCGCGCAAGCUCUCCGAACUAACGCCGGAUAAUCUGCUCAACCCGAACAGCUUCAACCGGUUGCCAAAUUCCACUGGAGGAUCCAGUUCCCGCCUGUACAAAAAGAUAGAGGAGAUGAUGGACCUCAGUUCGCCCUACAACCAUUACAAAUCUAGUCCCAGCGAGAGUAAUCUAACACAGUUCUACGAUGGGAAGUACCUUUAUAACAGCGGGGGCGGAACGGGAAGUGGGCAGGGGGCGGGCGGCACCUGCCCCUCGAUGGUCGGAACCGGUAGUGGUUGUGGGGGAGGAGCCGCACGAUUCGACAGCAAGCCCGGCUCCACUCGUCUGCUGCGUCGGCAGUUCAGCUUGGAUCGCGACGACCAGCACGCGAAGGGAGAGCAGCAGCACCACCAGCACUCCCUGCAGGCCACCACUUACGCGGCCUUGGUGGGGGGUGGUGGUGGGGUGGUGAAGAGCUCCAUGCUGGACAUACCCCUGUUGCACGACACCUCCCGAAGUCCGAAGGGAACGCUAACGCGGGCCCACAAGCAAAACUCCGCCUCGAUCACCCAGGACCUGGAGAAGAUUGAGGAAAUCCCGCUGUCCCCGGCCUCCUCGCAGCACCACAGUAGCCUCGACAGCAACCUCAACCGCAGCCCGCCCUCGACCCUGGAGGCGCGGUCGCCGCCGCUGCCGCCCUUAAGUCCGCCCCAGCUCUCCGCCCCCACAUCGCCGGCCCCUUCCAGGACGUUGAAUGGGGUUUAUGCCCUCAGCAACAAUAGUGCGAACUACAGUGACUUCCAGUCCCAAGGUGCGGCCAACAACAAUAAUGGCACCCAUCCAGGCCCAGAACUAACCCUCAAUGUGGAUCAGCUGCUGAGCAGAUAGGGCACAAUCUAAGGCCCCCAAGAAGGGAGGCCCAUCUAAGCUUUAGGUCUCAUCCAAACCCAGUUUGGAUGUGCGAGUGUGUGAGUGGACGGGAUAUCGUAUAGGGGAAAGGUGGUUUACACCAUGCUCCAUUGUCACAUUCAUAACAGAUGCGUUGUCAAAAUAUUUAGGCCUGCUCCUGUUUUCACUCGGAAGUGAGUUCGUUGGCAUUGUGGGAUUUCCCAUGCACAUAAUCAAAUUUGUUUGCGUGUUGGGUAAUUUUCCAAGGAAAAUUGCCGAACUUAACUUUGCCUUCGUUUUUCGACAAAGACCCGAUUUUAUUUUGUGUAUACAAUGUAUGUAUACAAACAUAAAUGUAUACAUACACGAUGUAUACUUUUAAAUCAUAACAUCCAAGAAACAAACAAUAUACACAAAUUGCAGUCCAUUAGUAAAUUCUUACCAUAUGAACAUUAAACAUCAAGUACUAUGAUAAAAGCAGCAUUUGCAUACAAAGCUAUAGCGAAGAAUUUUUAGACAAUUCAUUUUCAUGCUUUGCGUUGGCAUUGUAACAACAGGGGGAAAUUCGAAUCCGUGCUGUUUUUUUCGAAAGUGAGGCUCGGAACAGGUCUGUGAAAUUCAAAUCUUUCGGAAGUGAAGAGCCAGACGUGACAUAGUAAAAAAUUAUACACGGAUUGCAUUUCCCAAACAAUUUUUCCCAGCCCCAAAGUGUCAAGUGAGAAAGUAAAUGGUAACGAUUUAAAAAUGUUGUGAUGUGGAAAGCAAAGUACCUCGAUGCGCACCAGUUUGAUUCCAACUGCAAACGAAAGUACAAUUUAGUUAAAAAUUAGUUCAAGAUGAACAACUCACUCUUUUUUGUCCAUUGGCAAAAUCAGCGUUAUGCCAAAUAAAAUACGUAAUAUGUACGUUUUUCUACAAACAAAUAAUCGAUUAGUAAAAUUGUCCAAUAUAAUAGUAAAGCGGUCUCCAACCAUCGAAUUGUCAAAUUUACCCAUCAAAUAGUAACUCUUACGCAAUACGUAAAUUUAAGGGUUACUAUAAAAAAUAAUAAUGUACAUGUGAAAGGGGUAGAAUACACCCAAACCAUGGAUUGUAGUUAAAUAACUAUUUUUAUAGUUACCCACCAACUCAUGAAAUACAGUUAAGUUUAUUUUUGAAUUGAAUAUAAAAUUUAUCAAAUUAUUAAUUAAAUUCAUAGAUACGUCACUGUAGCAAGGUUAUUUAUAAGCAAAAUAAAAAAUUAAUUUCUAAUUGCACUUUUAAAUUUGCACAGUGACUUCCAGCUGGUGAGGAAGUAUGUUGACGAGUUUAGAAAACAUAUGUUUUAAGUAAAGUCUUUUCUUUUCGGAGUUUUGCUUUGCAGUUUAAAUGGUCUCGUCGUAGACCCAGUUGGGAAUGACAAACUAUUUCUGAUAGUAAAUCAACUAUUUACUAUUGCAAUAACAAAAUAAACAGGUAACGUUUUUUUAUUAUAAUCAACAGUGAUUACAUUACAUUUACAUUUAAAAUAAAUUGCUUAUUUUAUAAAACUUAAAACUUUUUAAUAUGCCAAUCCAAUUGUUGUACGUAAUCACACAGGGGGUUGGGGGGUCAGCCAAAUGAUUACUCAUGUGAAUCAAAAUAAUAUUAAUGUUCAUUAAAUUGAUUACAUGGGAAUAAUGAAAAAUCGGAAAAUUAAAAAUUUGAAAACUACUUUUUUAUGGUGCUUACAAAUUACUUUGUCAACUUGACAUAUACAUGUAUUGAAUUAAUAAACUUAUCAACUUGAUGGGUAUAAAUUUAUAAUAACUACAUUUUAUUGGUUGGAUAAUUAUAAAAAUAGUUGCUUAGCAUCAAUCCAAGAGUUGUAUCCAUUCUACCUUUUUUAAUAGUUACAUAACUCUUUUAUAUAGUAAUCAUUAGGCUUACGUAUUACGUAAGGGUAUCUAUUUGAUGGGCAAAGUUGACAAUUCGAUGGUUGGGGACCGUUUUACUAUUAUAUUGGCUUGGAUUUUUUUGUAUGAAGAAGAAAUGUACAUUUUAAAGUGUUGUAAGGGCAAUGAAAUGAAAAGCGAAGCUAUAUACAGCUGAAGUUUUCACAACUCGAAAGUCGCUUACUCGAAGACUCUUUCAAAUGUUCAAAUAACUUAUAAUUCGCAAUAAAAGUUAUUUAAUUUAAAGUUUAUAACUAUUGAAGUUAUUUUACAAAAUAUGUUCCUGCUAUUUUUAUUGUCCGUGAUUAGUUGUAUUGGUCGUUUUAUUAGUCUAAAAGCUGCAAUCCAGUACAGUAUGAGUAUUCUUGAGAAGGAUUGUCGAUUAAGUCAUGUUCUAUUGUCAGUGCAUCCGUUUCUGCACAUACAUACGUCCAACGGUUCUUAUGCUUUCUGGAUGAAACUUUCUCAAAAGUUUUAUUUCUCUUACGGUUGGUGGCAGUACUCUAGUUUAUUUCGCGAAAAAGGUAUUCUCGUGGGACCGCGAAUUCUUAUGAAUUUACAUGAAAAAACAAUGCCGCUGUCAGCCAUGGUAAUCUUAUCAUCGAAUUUCAAAGUUUCUUUCUAGGUCCAAAACCUACUUUUAGUACUGGCAAGAAAAAAAGUGUUAAGAAAUUUUUGUAAUUUUUUAUAUUAGGGAUGUAUUAAACGCAAGAUAUUAAAGCCAAUUUUUGAUUUUAGCUGCAAACGUAUAUAUCUUGGGCUUGCCGAAGAUAGCCUCUUUUAUAUAUUAAAUUGAAAAAGAAUUUGUUUCGGUAAAAACAAAUAUUUUCUUAAGUCUCUUAAAUGGCUGGGGAGGAUAACUUUUCUAGAGCGGUCUGAACUUAAAAAACAAGAAAUGCUGUAGUCGACUGUUCAAAUAAAAUGAACACCACCGAUACGAGCGCCACGGUUGUUUUGACCAAUAAAAUCAAUUUCAAUUUACAUUAGUUUUGGCAUGUAGGUGGCAUAAAACCUCAGCAAUCUCACGGACAGACGGACAUGGCUAGAUCGACUCGGCUAGUGAUCCUGAUCAAGAAUAUAUAUACUUUAUGGGGUCGAAAACGCUUCCUUCUACCUGUUACAUACUUUCUGGCGAAUCUAAUAUACGCUUUUACUCUUCGAGUAACGGGUAUAAUGCCUUUAGUCCAGAAUACAUUUUGUGUCACUCGUGUGGGCUUUCAACUAAACUAAACUUAGAAAUAUGUACUACUAAGAAAUAUGUGUACUCGAUGUUCCUUAAAAAAAUCAAAGAAAUAAUUAGAAUUUAGGUUGUGUGGGAAUUAGUAAAUAUAGCGGAGACUUAAUAAUAUUUAUGAAAUAAGCAUCGCAUACGUGAAUUUAGUUUUCUAAAGACAAUCGUUAUUACUUUUAAAUGGGAACCUAAAAAAUGAAAUAUUAGGUAAGAUUUGCAUCCAUGUCUCUAACAUAAGAUAUAUUUUGUAACCGCUCUAAGAUAGCCUAGUUCUAAUGUAACCUACUCCCAUUCGGCGUGUAUGCUAAGCUAAAAAUAUCCAUAUAUGUAUAAGUCAAACUGAAAUACCAGUUAUAAUAUACACAUAUUUUGUAACCCUAGCAUUACGAAGUAUCAAACUGGACUAACUUUAUCUAUUUAUUUGUUCCCUAUGUAAUAAUUGGUUUCAUCUUCAAUGCCUGUUCAAAUAUAAGACAAUUACUGUGUCAAUUAAGGCAAAUAAAAACAUGGAAAGCUCGGCGAAUAAUAAAACAUGUAUACUUUC